AUGAUUCUAUCCCGAUGCCGGGCCAGGCUGCGCCCAGCUUGCCGCCGUUUUCGGAUGGAAGUGGGCACCGGCGUUUCCGGGUCGCGCCCGUCAAGUGCCGCCGCGAGACAAGUCCGCCAACCAAACGCCCCGUUCCGACUGGCCGUCGUUGGCUCCGGUCCAGCAGGCUUCUACUCUGCCUACCGAGUGAUGUCCCAACUCCCAGAGACUACGGUGGACAUGUAUGAGUCGCUGCCGGUACCGUUUGGCCUCGUCCGCUUCGGCGUUGCCCCAGAUCAUCCCGAAGUCAAGAACUGUCAGGACAAAUUCACAGAAGUUGCGGCCUCGCCUAAAUUUAACUUCAUGGGUAACGUGACCAUAGGCGACGUAGGCCGUCAUCCCGACAGCUGCAAUGUGCCCUUUCCCACCUUGUUGCGAAAUUAUGAUGCAGUGUUACUCGCAUAUGGAGCCGCAAAGGAUAGAACCCUCGGCAUCCCUGGAGAAUCCAAUCUCCAAGGCGUCUACUCGGCUCGCCAGUUUGUGGGCUGGUACAAUGGGCUCCCCGAAUAUGCCGAUUUGUCACCCGAUCUCACGAAAGGAGAUGAGGCUGUCGUAAUUGGUCAGGGCAACGUAGCCCUGGACGUUGCUAGAAUGCUCCUGGAGGAUAUCGAUGCCUUGCGGCGGACAGAUAUCACAGAAGAGGCCCUUGCCCAGCUUGCAACCUCUCGCGUCAAGAGGGUUCAUGUCGUUGGAAGACGAGGUCCAAUGCAGGCCGCGUUCACAAUUAAGGAAGUCAGGGAGUUGAUGAAGAUUCAAAGUGUUGGCUUUCAUCCGGUGGACAGCACGCUCAUACCCCCAGACAUCAAGUCACUUCCAAGAGCAGCAAAGCGCUUGAUGGAAGUGGUCGCCAAGGGCUCCGUGUCUCGUCCACACGAUGUCGAGAAAUCAUGGUCACUUGACUUCUGCUUGAAUCCUGUUGAAUUUUUGGCCAACCAAAAUUCUCCUACCGAUGUUGGGAGCACUGUGUUCGAGAGGACGGAACUGUCUCACAAAUUUGAUCCCGGUGCUCAAGCUCGGCUUACCGGAGAAACUAUCACGGUGCCUUCGAACUUGGUCUUCCGUUCCAUUGGUUAUAAGUCCAUUCCCUUGCCCGGUUUGAAAGAGGCUGGUGUAGCCUUCGAUGACCGCCGAGGUGUCGUUAUGAACGAUGGACGCGGCAGAGUUGUUGCUGUAGAUCAGGAAGAAGCUUCUGAAGCAACGCAGUCAGGGGUAACCCCCGGUGUCUAUUGUGCCGGUUGGGUUAAACGAGGACCGACUGGCGUCAUUGCCUCGACUAUGCAGGACGCCUUUGAAACGGGCGAUUCUAUCAUUCAAGAUUGGCUGUCUGGUUUGCAAUUCCUGUCUACGGGCAAGGAGAAGCCCGCGGCAGGAUGGGAUGGAGUCCGCUCAGAAAUCGGUGACUCAGCUCAUAAGAGAACAAGCUGGGAAGACUGGCAAAAAAUUGAUGGCGUAGAGAAAGGAAAAGGUCAGGCUGCGGGCAAGGAGCGGGAGAAAUUCACGUCCACCAAGGCCAUGCUUGAGGUCCUAUCAUAG